ACCACGGCAUAGGGUGCCUAGACCGAUAUUGUUGCGUCUGCGCGAUAAACGACAUCGGAGGAGACACACUCGAGCUGGAAGCCUCUGCGACGAAGACGUGCCGCCGCGGCGUCGUGCGGCGUCGGGACGCGCGUUGACCCUUCGUUGUUCACGGAGAGACGCCUGGGCCCGGAGGUGUUGAUGGCAUCCCGGCGGCGACGGCGGAAACGAGGUCGACGACGACGACGACGAACCCGGGUACUCGCCACGAACAUCCCCGCGCGACCAUGAACAGCUCGCCGCAGAACACGAACAACGCCGGCACCGGGCAGCGGCGGACGACCGGCGUCGACAAUAGCGACGAGGAGGAAUGGAGUGGCGUCGUCGAAUGUGCUGUCCUUGAGCGAACCAAAUCCGAUAGAGCUGCACGCGCUGACGAAGACAGACGUCGUCGGACGAUUAUCGUUGAAAAGAAGAACGGCACAUAUGGUUUCACAUUACAGAGCUACGGAAUACAUUACAAAAGGGAGCAGGAGAUAGAGAUGGUGACGUACGUGGACUAUGUGGAAUACGAUGGACCGGCGUUCAAAGCCGGCAUGCGAGAAGGUGACGUGAUACUCUCCAUAAACGGCCACGAGAUGGAUCGAGCCGAUCACAAGACUCUGGUAAACUUCAUCAAGAAUUGUGAUACCAGAAUGCGGAUGGUCGUGUCCUUUGAGGAUUGCGUGAGAAAAGUGGAAUUACACAUGCGCUACAUCGAGCUACAACGUGCCCUACAAUCUCGCCUGGGCGAGCUAGAAAGGCUGUGCGAGCGAGAACGGUCUAUUUUGAUGGGCCGAUGGAAGACCCAUUCACUGCCAGCGCGCAAAAGAACGCCUAACAGCAUUGCCGGCACUAACCCCAAUCAACCAUCGCCUUCUUCCAGUUUCAAUUCCUCCACGAUCCAAUGCUGUCGGCCAGCGACUUCUACCGAGCAUCUACUGCUUUAUAAUGUGUUCGCGGAUGGGCGACCGUAUCUCAUUCCUCGUAGCGCUGCUUGUUUAGUGGCAGUCGGACCACCUCGUUCCCGAAGUGAUCACCAUCACUUCAUGUCUAAGAUGUCGAGCGAGUCUGCAGUGUCCUCGCGUCACAGUUACCAUCAGGCGAACGGCAUGACUGGUACACCCGCUAAGAGCAAGUCUCACAAGCAGUCCUGUCAGCAACAACAGCAGUCUGCGGCUGCUGAAGGAUCAUCGUUACAUCCAGCUCCGCAGAACAGUCUCUGCGUCGCUUGCAUCUCCAGUGCAAAUCGUCGUCGAGAACAAUCCGACACUGGUAGCUUGGACGCUUAUGACCUAGCCAGUCCUUGCUGCGACCCGAAUUGCGUACCAAGUCGUCGACGUCGCGAAAAACAACGACGCGCCCGUAACGAACAGGCUCUCCAUCAACAGCAGCAGCAGCAACAGCAGCAACAACAACAGCAAGCUAACAUGCAGCAUCAUCACGUUCAAGGACAGCGAGACCAGCAGCAGCAGCAACAGCAGCCUAACGUUCACAACUGCCCUCGCACGUCCGGCCACAGCCUCCACUCGAUUACCAGCAGUGACGUGUCGACAACAGCUGACAGUGUCGCCUCCUGCUCGACCAGCCUUAGCACCGACACCCUGUACUGGGAUCCGAGCGCGCACCAGCGACCACCGCCGUGCCUUCAGUACGCCAAGCCCAAGUCCUGGGACAAUCUCACCACCAAAGCCUUCGGGGGUUAUGGCUUUGGCUACGGUUAUCUGGAUACUGCGACCAUCAAGACUCACAGCGCGGAACGUCCAGGCAAGGGAUUGCAUGGCAGUGGCGGCGGUAGCAGCAGCAGCAGCAGAUCAAAGACGCCGAUCGUUGGUACUGUUCAACGAAAGACCAGCAGCUGCGGUACCAGCGGCAGCACCGUAUACUCGACAGCGACGAGUUCGACGGUCAGCCGGCAUUUUCAGCCAACCAAGUCGACAGAGAGCUUGUUGAUUCCACGGGGACCGUAUCAGAGCGAUUUGGAUCAGGCUAGUUUGAGCUGCGAGUGCCUGGACGGUGGUGGAGGCAGUGGUGGUGGCAGUGCAGGUGGUGGUCCUGGCACGCGGUUUGUUCAGCUUGACAAGCACAAACGCGGCGAUGAUACGGCGAGUUACAUGCCACCGAGCCACGCACAAGUCAGACAUCGACGGUCUAGUCAUUCCGACGGGAAACUACGGGCUAUCAAUAACUCCGAAGUCACGCGAUUGUAACAUCUUUUCAGUACAUCGAGUCGAGUGCCACGUGCUAAUAAAGCGUCAACCGUGAAUGCCGCUUGUGUUUUAUUUAACCGAGCAGGGAAACGGAAAUGAAGUCGCCGAUGUAAAGAGACGUUUGACACGUCGUCCGAGUGUCGUGGAGUCUUGGUAAUUCGUAUCUCCGAGAUCUACCAGCCCGUUUGUUUUUACAUUUCUAAAUUUUUAUAUCUACAGAUCAGGGUUGCAGAUGCGAUAUGCAGAUAUGACGCCAUUUCUGUUUCUCUUUCGCUGCACGUCGUCGUCGUACGAGUCGUAGAAUACCUACCGGUUGCCGAUUUAUCCUAAAAAUUAGUAUCUAUCUGAGAUAAGUAUGUAGAAUUAUUAUCUAUCGGAGUGUCACACAGUUUAGUCUGAUAUGUAUACAGUUCUCCACAAGCAGCGAUUUUCCUUAGAAAGAUUAUUACGCUGGCGAGAUUAAUUAUUUUAAACAUAUUUGUCUUAUGUAAUUAUGUAAUAAUACUCGCUUAAAAAUACUCAUUCAAAAAGCAAGCGGUUUUUUCGGCUGGAUCAUUGUUACGUGACGUUUGAAUGCAAUGAAAAUUAAAGAUCAACAUCGGUUCAAUAAAUACUGUUAUUUUCAACAUACUGGUUCGUAAUAAAAACUCGCACUAUAUAAC